AUGGCGUCGGUUCAGGUAGCGCGGGUUGCAGCCGUACCACCACCCCAGGCGCAGGCUCAGCCUCAGCCUCAAGCGCAGGUCCAGUCCCAGGGCCAGCCUCAGUCACAGAACCAGGCCGUAGGAGAACAGAAGAAGAACAGAAUUCAAGUUUCCAAUACCAAGAAGCCGCUCUUCUUCUAUGUUAAUCUUGCUAAGAGGUAUUUAGAGCAGCACAAUGAGGUUGAGCUCUCUGCAUUGGGAAUGGCAAUCACUACAGUUGUCACUAUUGCUGAGAUUUUGAAGAACAAUGGACUGGCUAUUGAAAAGAAAGUGUCAACAUCUACGGUUGGCAUGAGGGACGAGAACAAGGGUCGUCUGGUGCAGAAGGCUAAGAUUGAGAUUGUGUUAGGGAAGUCUGAAAAGUUUGAUGAAAUAAUGAGUGCUGCAGCAGCUGCUCAAGCUGCUCAGGAGCCAGCUGCUGAGGGCAAGAAAUGACAACAAAACCGUAACCCCCUCUAUGGUCUAUUGUUGUAGUUUAAUAUUGACAUUAUUUCAUGCCGGAACUGAGAUAAGUAGGGU